UUUUUUUUUUCACUAUUUAUUUUCUUUUCUAAAGUGUUUAAAAUUUAACUCGCGAAAGAAAAAUUGAAUUCUUCUUUUUCUUUAUUGUAUUAAAAUUAUUAACGGCACGUGGCAAUUUAUAAAAUUUUUGCAUAUGUGUGUUUGUGUUUAUAGCGGUCUAACAUAUCAACAGAAGAGAGAUAAUAGAGAAGUGGUUUUUAUGCACGUGGUUCCGAGUUUUAAAUGAAUGUGAUGAAUCGCUCGCAAAAAUAGAAAGAAGCAUGUUUUUUUUUUUUUUUUUUUGUAAAUAUAUUUUUAUUUCGAAUUAAAUUUUUCUAUUAAGUUUUUUUUCUGCAUGAAUAAUAUAAAAAAAAAAAAUUGUAUUUAAAAAAAGUUAUAAUAUAUAAAUAAAUUAAAAUAUUUAUAAAUAAAAAUAAAAAAAUAAAUAAAGUAGAAAAUUUAUAUAUAUAUAUUUUUUUUAAAUAACAAUAAAGUCCAAAAAAAUGUUUACACGAUUUUUAUGGUUGUUACCAAUUUUUUUUGGUAUUUAUAUUAUAACAACAAAUAAUUAUUUAUUAGAAUCAAUUGAAAAUUAUUUAACAAAGUGCAUUGAUGAUUUUUUUAAUGCAAUUAAUGAUAAUAAUAAUGACGAGGAACAAAUUAUUAUAAAUAAUAAUAAUAAUGAUGAAGAGAGAAUUUGGACUCGUUUGGAAUUAGAAAAAUAUACAAAUUUAGAAAAUGGAUUGUACCUUGCAAUAUUGGGUAAAGUUUUUGAUGUUACAAAAGGAGUUAAACAUUAUGGACCCGGAGAAACUUAUCAUUCAUUUACUGGACGCGAUGGUUCUUUGGCUUUUAUAACCGGUGAUUUUACCGAAACUGGAAUGAAAGACGAUAUCACGAGUUUAACGCCUCAACAAAUAAAAGCCCUUAAUUCGUGGGUUGAUUUUUACACAAAAUCAUAUUCUUACAAGGGAAAAUUAGUGGGAAAUUUUUAUAAUUCCGAUGGAAGUCCAGCGGCGGGAUUUCAUUAUCUUGUGGCAAAAUUAAAACAAGCUGAAGAAAAUGAAUCGGCGGAAGCUGAGAAAAAUCGUAUUUUUCCCCCUUGUAAUGUCGAAUGGACACCGGAAACUGGAUCUCGUGUUUGGUGCACAACUUCAAGUGGAGGAAUUCAUCGCGAAUGGAGCGGAGUGCCGAGAAUGUAUUUUGAAAAUCCAUCAUCAAAACAACACCGCUGUGCCUGCGUGAAUCUUGAAAGUCGUGAAUUUAAGGAGAAUAUGGCAAAUUUUCGAAAAUUCGAAAAAUGCCCACCUAAUUCUACAUCCUGUCAAAUAAUUCUCGAUAAUUGAUAAUUUCGCCCCCCCCCCCCAAAAAAAAGCAGAAAAAAAUGCCGUCCAUUUAAAAGAAAAAAUAUUUUUAUAAUACAUAAUAUUAAUUUAAUUAUUCCAUUUACUUAUCAAUAAAUAUGUUAAAAUUUCUUUAUAAAAAAAAUGGAAUAAAAAGAUUCAAAAAUUCCUUUUUUUUUAAAAAAGGAAUUACAACGAAAAUAAGAAAAAUAAUAAAAAUAAUCUAUUUUAUUUUACAAAAAAAAAGAAAAUUUUGUAUUUUAAAAAUAUAAAUAUAAAAAGAAGUCAUAAUAUUCUAAAGAAAAAAUUUUGUAGUUGUGUCCAAUUGGCGUAAAAAUGUCUUUUCAAAACUGCAAAACCAGCUUUUUAAUAAUAAAAAAAAAUUUUUUAAAAAAAGAAAAAAAAAUUUCCGUAUCCAAAAUAAAAAAAGUUAAAAAAAAAAAUAAACUCUAAAAUUCUGUUUAAAAAAAAUUCCCGAAUUGAAAAUAAUUAAA